UCCCUGCCUUCCUUUUGAUUUUUUUUUUUUAUUUUUUCCCUUCCAUCCAAUGUGAUUUGUCCCAAGCCUCGCAGCAGGGCACAGGGCAGCCAGAUGCCUCGCCGGAGUUUCGGCCGCCCGGGACCCAGGUCGCGCGCAGGCGGGCGGCAGCUCGGCGGGGCUGAGCCGAUGCGUGCGGCGCUGCUCCUGCCCUUGCUGGCCGCCGCCGCCGCCGGGCUGAGCCUGCAGCCGGCCAGGAUGCGGCACCUGGGGGUCUGCCCCAACCAGCUGAACCCCAACCUGUGGGUGGACGCGCAGAGCACCUGCGAGCGGGAGUGCCAGGCCGACCAGGACUGCGAGGGCUUCGAGAAGUGCUGCACCAACGUCUGCGGGCUGCGCAGCUGCGUGGCCGCCCGCUUCGCCGACGGCAGCCUGCCGGCGCUGGAGCUGGGGCGCGGGCCCUCGUGCGAGAGCUUCGUCUGCGCACAGCAGGGCUCCGACUGCGACAUCUGGGACGGGCAGCCCGUCUGCAAGUGCAAGGACCGCUGCGAGAAGGAGCCUAACUUCACCUGCGCCUCCGACGGCCUCACCUACUACAACAAGUGCUACAUGGAUGCCGAGGCGUGCCUCCGCGGCACGCGCCUCACCACCGUGCCCUGCAAGUACAUCUUCACCUGGCCCGACACCAGCCCCGUGCCGCGGGAGACGACGGCGCGGCCCACGCCAGGCGCCGGCCCCGAGGUGCCGGUGCCCCCCGCCCUCUACAGCAACCCCUUCCACCAGUCGGUGCGCGCCGGCGGCACCGUCAGCUUCCGCUGCGACGUCAGCGGCCGCCCGCGGCCCGACAUCACCUGGGAGAAGCAGAGCGACCGGGCCGAGAACUUCAUCAUGCGGCCGGACCAGAUGUACGGCAACGUGGUGGUCACCAACAUCGGGCAGCUGGUCAUCUACAACGCCCGCCAAGAGGACGCCGGCAUCUACACCUGCACGGCCAGGAACGCCGCCGGGCUGCUGCGUGCCGACUUCCCGCUCUCGGUGCUCAAGCGGGAGCCCGGGGGGGCCCCACGAGCCAGCAGCCCCCAGCCCUUCCCCAGCGCCGAGUGCCUGAAGGAGCCCGACCGGCGCCGCUGCGAGGCCCUGGAGGUGCGCUGGCACUUUGACGCCAAGCAGGGCUCCUGCCUCACCUUCCGCUACGGCGGCUGCGGCGCCAACAGGAACCACUUUGAGACGUACGAGGAGUGCCGUGCCGCCUGCCUGGGCAGUGCCCGGCCCACCUGCCUGCUGCCCAUGGUGCAGGGCCCCUGCCAGAACUGGGAGCCCCGCUGGGCCUACAACCACCUGCUGAAGCAGUGCCACUCCUUCGUCUAUGGCGGCUGCGAGGGCAACAACAACAACUUCGACAGCAAGGAGACCUGCGAGGACGUAUGCCCCUUCCCCAAGAGCCUGCAGUGCAAGGCCUGCCGCCUCAAGAGCAAGAUGGUGCUGAGCCUCUGCCGCAGCGACUUCGCCAUCGUGGGGCGGCUGAUGGAGAUCGUCGAGGACCAGGACUCUGGCAUCGCCCGCUUCGCCCUCGAGGACGUCCUCAAGGAUGAGAAGAUGGGCCUCAAGUUCUUCAACAUCAAGUAUCUGGAAGUGACCUUGACCGACAUGGACUGGAGCUGCCCCUGCCCCAACAUGACGGCCGAGGACGGGCCGCUCAUCAUCAUGGGCGAGGUGCAUGACGGCAUGGCCACGCUGGACCCCAGCAGCUACGUCCGGGCAGCCAACGACAAGCGGGUGAAGAAGAUCUACGAGCUGAUGGAGAAGAAAACCUGCGACCUCCUCAACCGCUUCCAGGACUAGGGGCGAGCCGGGAUGCGCAGACGCGGGGGCUGCGGGGCUGCAGACCCCUGGGGGGGGGACUGCACAGCCAAGCCCGCAGCUUUUAUUUAGCAGUUAUCACCAUUUUGUAGUUCCCUCCCCUGUAAUUUAUCUGUCUGCAUGCCCUCCCCGUGUACCCCCAGCCUGGGCAGCAGCAAUAAAAGACUGGGCUGGGUUGCAGAGGGGUCUGCCCAGACCCCCACCCACGACACCCUUCCUGCAGCACCGAAGCCUCGGGUGCAGCGUGAUGCCCUCGA